GGCAGCACAACAAGCUAGAACACAAGACACAAAAGCUUGUACAGGAAACUGCAGGUAGCUGAAGCGCCAAGCGAAGCGACCAUGAAGAGCAGCACGCUCCUGGUGCUCCUGUGCCUGCAGGCCGCCCUGAUCAUGGGGAUCUUCGCAGCCGUGGCAAAAGAAAAUGCCGUGGGCGAGAGCAAGGCGAUCGACAUCAACCCGGGUCAGCUCAAGUGCUGCACCAACUGCAACUUCUCCUUCUCGGGGCUCUACACCUGCGACGACGUCAGGAAGGACUGCGACCCCGUCUGCAAGAAGUGCGUCGCCGUGAAGACCUACUCCGGCAACAAGUUCAAGUGCACAGACACCUUCCUCGGCAUGUGCGGACCAAAGUGCUAAAUGCAUGUGCGAGCAUCCCAGCAUGGGCUGGAUCGAAUUUAGCUUGGGAAAUGCAGGACCGAGAGGUCAUGCGGUCCUCCGAUCCUACUAUACACGAGCAUAUAUAUGGUUAUUGUGUGUCGUGAGUUCGUGUCAUUAUUGUGUGGUAUGUGCUUGUUCUUGACUAUGCACGCGAACAAUAAGCCGUUGUUUGCAAUAAAUAAAAGUUAUGCAACUGGCAAUGCUAGUUAUGUUUGGAAAA